AUGUCGGUCAGCGUCCACGAGACCCGCAAGUCGCGGGGCAGCACGGGCUCCAUGAACAUAACGCUCUUCCACAAAGCCUCGCACCCCGACUGCGUGCUGGCGCACCUCAACACACUGCGCAAGCACCGCAUGUUCACCGACGUCACCCUGUGGGCCGGCGACCGCGCCUUCCCGUGCCACCGCGCUGUGCUGGCCGCCUCCAGCCGCUACUUCGAGGCCAUGUUCAGCCACGGCCUGCGCGAGAGCCGCGACGACACGGUCAACUUCCAGGACAACCUGCACCCCGAGGUGCUGGAGCUGCUGCUGGACUUCGCCUACUCGUCGCGCAUCGCCAUCACCGAGGAGAAUGCCGAGUCCCUGCUGGAGGCGGGCGACAUGCUGCAGUUCCACGAUGUGCGCGACGCGGCCGCUGAGUUCCUGGAGAAGAACCUGCUGCCCUCCAACUGCCUGGGCACCAUGCUGCUGUCGGACGCCCACCAGUGCCGCCGGCUGUAUGAGUUCUCCUGGCGCAUGUGCCUCGUGCACUUUGAGACCGUGCGUCAGAGCGAGGACUUCAACAGCUUGUCCAAGGACACCCUGCUGGACCUCACAUCCAGCGAUGAGCUGGAGACAGAGGACGAGCGGGUGGUCUUCGAGGCGGUGCUGCAGUGGGUCAGGCACGACCUGGAGCAGCGCAAGGCCCACCUGCCCGAGCUGCUGCGCAGCGUGCGCCUGGCGCUGCUGCCCACCGACUGCCUCCAGGAGGCGCUGUCGGGCGAGGACCUGAUCCUGGAGGACGAGCGCGCCCGGCUCAUCCUGGACGAGGCCCUGGGCUGCAAGACCAAGAUCCUGCAGAACGACGGCGUGGUCACCAGCCCCUGCGCACGCCCGCGCAAGGCGGGCCACACGCUGCUAAUCCUGGGCGGCCAGACCUUCAUGUGCGACAAGAUCUACCAGGUGGACCACAAGGCCAAGGAGAUCAUCCCCAAGGCGGACCUGCCCAGCCCGCGCAAGGAGUUCAGCGCCUCGGCCAUCGGCUGCAAGGUGUACGUGACGGGUGGCCGGGGCUCAGAGAACGGGGUCUCCAAGGACGUGUGGGUGUACGACACGGUGCACGAAGAAUGGGCCAAGGCGGCGCCCAUGCUUAUCGCGCGCUUUGGCCACGGCUCGGCCGAACUGGAGAACUGCCUCUACGUGGUCGGUGGGCACACGUCCCUGGCAGGGGUCUUCCCGGCCUCCCCGUCAGUGUCCCUGAAGCAGGUGGAGAAGUACGACCCCGCGGCCAACAAGUGGACGAUGGUGGCCCCGCUGCGGGACGGCGUCAGCAACGCAGCCGUGGUCAGCGCCAAACUCAAGCUGUUCGUGUUCGGGGGCACCAGCAUCCACCGCGACAUGGUGUCCAAGGUGCAGUGCUACGAGCCCUCGGAGAACCGGUGGAGCAUCAAGGCCGAGUGCCCCCAGCCCUGGCGCUACACGGCCGCCGCGGUCCUGGGCAGCCAGAUCUUCAUCAUGGGGGGUGACACCGAGUUCACGGCCGCCUCGGCCUACCGCUUCGACUGCGAGACAACCCAGUGGACGCGAAUCGGGGACAUGACCGCCAAGCGCAUGUCCUGCCACGCCCUGGCCUCGGGCAACAAGCUCUAUGUGGUGGGGGGCUACUUUGGCACCCAGCGGUGUAAGACGCUGGACUGCUAUGACCCCACUUCAGACACGUGGAACUGCAUCACCACCGUGCCCUACUCGCUCAUCCCCACAGCCUUUGUCAGCACCUGGAAGCACCUGCCCGCCUGAGGAGCACCUACGGAGUCAGCAGGUAAGG